GAAGCAAAGUUCAUCGACGGCUGGUGAAUUCCAGAAGUUCCCAUCCGCUCAUGAAUAUGCAGAUCUGAGCGCAAUCAGGCUAAUAUAGGUCGAGGUUUCGAGGAUGGAUCAUUUCAAACGUGCCACAACCUUUGAAGAGAAGUAAACAUGAAGACUCUCACCGUGGGACUGCUGCUGCUGUUUGCCGUCUACUGCUGCAAUGCGAUGCCUCAGGGACCAAACGCCUUGAAGCCCGGGAAGUGCUGCUUCAACUUCUUCACAGGCAGGAUUCCCAUCGGCGAGAUUCGGUCCAUCGCCAAAACUCACGAGAGCUGCACCAAACGAGGAUUUGUGAUCAACACCCCGCGAGGAGACUACUGUGUGAACAUGUCCCAGAAAUGGGCCAUCAAAGCUUUCCUGAAAACCCCGAAAGAAGUCGAUGCGUUCACUACGCUUCCGGUCAAAACGGCAUGAAGGACGUCACUCAGCAGUGUCACAGCGGGGCUCAAAACUUUCUGUUCAUCACUGAAGAACAUAAAGUUCCUCAAAACAGUUGACAGAUUUUGACUGUAAUCUUACGUAUAUCCUAAACAUGUAUUAUUUUACUUUGUAUGCAGCUUACACAUAAUAUAUAUUAGUGCUACUUCUGAUACUUUACUAUUAAAGUUUUAUUUCACAAGAAUGAGACUUGAUUCAUUAAUAAAUUGCAGAACAGUGAAAUGUUAUGAAUUUCGUGAGUAAGCAAGUAAACUUUAUUUAUAUAGCAUCUUUUAUGGGUCAGAAACCACAAGGGCUUUAUAAAAUAUAUUGAAUACAAAAAAAAAAAUCAGUUUAGAAAUAAAUGGCAAAUUGCAAAAUUUCCAAUUUUGCAUUAUUGCAUGAAACUCUGCAAUAAUCUUGAUUUAUUAGAUAUGUAAUGACUUUAGAAAGCAGAUUUAAAAAUAAUCUGUGCAAACAAAAAUCAUUAACUGCGUUUUCCUGAGUCCUAUUCACUUUUUAGAGUAAAUUACUGAAAUACAAUGAUUUGAUAUUCUUUUCUACAGAAAUGCACAUGUGGACAAGUAGCUUGGAAAAUUCAAAACUAAAUGUUUAUAAUAAUUUGUUCAUCUUUUCCAGAAAAAAAAAUACACCCCUCAGAAAUUGCAAUAAAAAAUUUAAAAUGAUUAAAAUUCAGGUGUUUACAGAGAAAAACCCAGAAGCAGAUGUUGUUAAAGCAUAACUUUAAUAUUAACCAUAUACAGUUAAGAGACAGAACACAUGAUAAACAAAGAAGAGAAGAAACAGUAUUUAUAUAUAUAUAAAAAAAUAUUACAAAUAAAAAAAUACAGCUAAACUGAUGCAUUCGGGUCAGUCGUUGAAGUUCCUAAUGAUCUCAGAUUUGAUGCAAAAUAAUGAAAAAGGUCUUGAAGGGGACAGAUGUUUAGAUGGAUGCGUUUACAGAUGGUUUAUUAAGAUGCAAUGCAAAACAAAAAAGAAUGAAACGGAGGAAAAACAAACGGAG